AUGACCUUAAGACAAGUUAAUACAUUCUCCGAGGAUGAUAGCUUGGACAAGAAAAACGACCUUGUCUUGACGAAGGAGAACUCGCACACCAUCGAGGAGGACUCCAGAAUCGUCGAUGACUUGGCGUCCCAGUACGAAGACGAUAUCCCCGAGGGGUACGAAGUGCCCACGGAGGAGGAAUUGCGUACUCUGAAGCACGUCGGAGGGCACAUCCCGAUGCGGUGCUGGUUGAUUGCCGUUGUCGAGUUGUCCGAAAGAUUCUCGUACUACGGGUUGUCCGCGCCAUUCCAAAACUACAUGGCAAACGGACCACACGACAAGCCACCUGGACUUCUACAGUUGAACAGUGACGGUGCUACAGGUUUGUCGUACUUCUUCCAGUUCUGGUGUUACGUCACUCCCAUCUUCGGUGGGUACAUGGCCGAUACCCACUGGGGGAAAUACAACACCAUCGCUGUCGGCACAGGUAUCUACAUCUGCGGUAUCUUCAUUCUGUUCAUGACCUCCAUCCCAAGCAUCACCACGAAGAACGCAGGGUUAGGUGGGUUCAUCGUCGCCAUCAUCCUGAUCGGGAUCGCUACCGGUAUGAUCAAGUCGAACCUGUCGGUGCUCAUAGCAGAUCAGUUGCCAAAGAGAAAGCCGCUGGUGAAGACUAAGAAAAAUGGUGAAAGGGUCAUCGAGGACACCAACCUCACGCUACAGAACGUGUUCAUGUUCUUCUACCUCAUGAUCAACAUCGGGUCGCUGUCCGUUAUUGCCACCAGUGAACUGGAAUUGCACAGGGGGUUCUGGGCUGCGUACUUGCUGCCCUUCUGCUUCUUCUGGAUCGCCGUGGUAGUGCUCGUCUUGGGUAAAAACCAGUACGUCAAACCGCCGAUCGGUGACAAAGUGAUCUCCAAGUGUUUCAAAGUAUUGUGGAUUCUAACGAAGAACAGAUUCAACUUCGACGCCCCCAAACCCUCCUUAAACCCUACCAAAAACUACCCAUGGUCCGACAAGUUCGUCGAUGAAAUUCAAAGAGCAUUGGGCGCUUGUAAAGUGUUCCUGUUCUACCCAAUAUACUGGACCUGUUACGGCCAAAUGAUGAGUGGGUUCGUCACCCAAGGUAGUAUGAUGGAGUUGCACGGGUUGCCCAACGAUUUCUUCCAGUGUAUCGACUCCAUCGCGAUCAUCGUCUUUAUCCCAGUUUGUGAACAUCUGCUGUACCCUUUCAUCAGAAAGUACACUCCCUUCAGACCAAUCACAAAGAUUUACUUUGGGUUUAUGUUCGCGUCCGGUUGUAUGAUUUGGGCCGCAGUCCUUCAAUCGUACAUCUAUAAGGCAGGACCUCACUACAAGUGGCCAUUGGAACACGAUGGUCCCAACCGUAUCCACGUCGCUUUGCAAGUACCUGCGUACGUCCUAUUGGCCUUCUCCGAAAUUUUCGCAUCCAUCACUGGUCUAGAAUACGCGUACUCCAAGGCACCUGCCUCCAUGAAAUCCUUUAUCAUGUCUAUAUUCUUAGUGACCAAUGCAUUCGGUUCCGCCAUUGGGUGCGCCCUGUCUCCAGUCUCGAAGGACCCAGACUGGACAUGGUUGUACACCGGGUUGGCCGUGGCUUGUUUCAUCUCCGGCUGUUUGUUCUGGGUAUGUUUCAGAAAGUACAACGACAUCGAGGAGGAAAUGAAUGCUAUGGAUUACGAAGUUGAUGCAACAAUGUUGAAAAAGGUGCCCAUCGAGACUGAUACAGUCGCUUUGGAGAAGGGAUCCUCGGAAAGUGUCGUCUCUCUGUGA